UAUCUGCCUGGGUGGCGGGGCCGGACGACAUGGAGGUGGAGACGGCGCCCGCAGCGGGCCCGGCGCCUCGCGGCUGUCGCGGAGGCCCCGGCCGCGGCCGCUCUGCUGCCCCUCGGGUGCCGCCGUCCCCGCGGCGGUCGUCGCCCGACCCGUCUUCGAGGCGCAGCCACCGCCUCGCUGCCGCGUCCGUACCGGCGCCAGUGCCACUGGAGGGGCGCCUGGACGACAUGGAGGUGGAGCCGGUGCCCGCAGCGGCGGGCCCGGAGCCGCGCGGUGGUAGCGGCGGCCGCUGGCGCACCACAGCCCAGCGGUCGCCGCCGUCCCCGCGGCUCCCGUCGCCCGACCCGUCAUUGCGGCGCAGCCGCCGCUCAGCACAAGCGCCGGUACAAACCAGCGCAGCUGCCGCAGGAGGCCAGUCUGGCGGUGGUGGUGGCGAGCCCGGCGGUGGUGCUGGGGCGGUGGGCGUGGGCCCGGACCCUGAUAUGGGUGGUGGCGAGUGCGACUACGGGACCAUCCUGUCCGCGGCGGACGUCGUGGCCUUGCUGGCUGACCACGAUGAGGCCCCCAGCCCCGGCACUACCUUUGAGGCGGUCUUGCAACAGGCGCUUUGGGAUGCGAGUGAGCAGUUCGCGGUGUGCUGUCGUGGCACUGGGAGCGCUCUGAUCCUGAGGUCCCUCCGUGGGGACGUCCGCGCCUGGGAGCGGGAAUGGGUGGCAGACGGUGGCCCUCCCGUGUGCCCGCGGGGCCUGGUGCCGCAGCUGCUGAAGGUCGCGGCGCGCGCGGACGCAGAGUUGGUGCGGGCGCUCUGGGCGGGGCCUUUCUAGUGUGCUGUCCUGGUUUGGUGGCAUGUUCAUGCGUGUGCGCCUGCGUUUGUUCGUGCGCCGGCGGUUGUUCCUGUGCGGUAGCUGGUCUGCUUUGUUGUGGAGGUCGGUUGGCUGCUGCCUGUGUGCCCCGGUUUGCGUGGGGCCCGUCCCCCGGUUUGCUGCGGGUGGAGGCGUGUGUGACUGCGCGUGGUCGUGCGCCUGCUGUGGUUCCGGUGUUGUCGCUUUAGACUGCUUCGUUGCUGGGUCAGUUCGCGCGGCCGCUUGGUUCAGCGUGCGGGCGUGGCGGUCGGGUAGCUGCUGCCUGUGUUCCCUGGCCUGCUUGGGACCCGGGGCCCGGCUUGCAGUGUUUUGGUGCGGGGGGACGGCGCGCUGAUGUGCGUGUGCUGUGCCUGUGGAGGUUUCCCGUUCUCGAGGUGGGUCUCCUGUUCUCGAGGUGGGUCGGCUUUCUUUCCUUUUUUCCUUGCUCCGUCCCCCGCCUGUUCCUUGCUCUGUUCUGUGAGUUGAGUGGUUGCUUCACAUUUUUUGGGGGCCUGCCCUUGCUUUGCCCCGGAGGGGUGCCUGCUGGGGGUUUCGAUGGCUUGUGCGGUUGUCCCUGGUGUUCUGCUUGCCCGCUUUGCAGGUUGUGUGCCGUUGUGGUGCUGCGCCUUCCCCUUCCUUCUCCUUUGUAACCAUUCUCUCCG